AUGGCGUCAGGGAUGAAUAUGGGCUUCAAUGCCCUCCUCAUUUUAUGCCUUGUGCUCGUCGUGCUUCCCUCUCAAGUCCAUGCAUUUGGCGCGGGCAAUAUCGCUUCGAUCUCCGCCGUCGAGGGCAAGAAUUGGCGCCAUGGUGAUAUUGAAGAUAUGCUCAAGACUGUCGCCUUUAUCAAAGGCCACAAGUGGACUUCUACCAUGAUGAAGCGCGUCUACUUUGGCAACUGGUUGCGUGAUUACUCCCAGGCGAUGGACGUCGGCACCCUUAAGAGUGUCCAAGCUGACACUAUCCGAAUCCUCGUCUGGAUCCUGUCUUUCAUGACUUUCGGUUAUGCGACGGCCGAGUUUGAGGUCACCUCUGACAGGCUGGGAACUUAUCGUCCCGAGGAGCAUAUUGACAACCCAAAGGAUUAUGCCGACAACCAAGAUGCACGCCAGUACGAUUCUCGGCUGCGUGGCCCGGUGCGUCAAGUUGAGCUCGAUAUCGAUCCCGAUACCGGUAUGAAGAACUAUAUCGCCAACGAACGAGGAGACUGGUCCACAAGUUCUGGGUAUGUCAAAUAUAGUUUGGCUCGCAGUAUCCAUUACGGAAGACUGUAUACCAAGAAUAGAAACGAGGAGGACCUGUGCGAAGCUUUGCGGUGCCUCGGUCAAGGACUCCAUACUCUUGAGGACUUUGCAGCACACACGAACUACUGCGAACUCGCGCUUCGUGAGAUGGGCUUCCGUAAUGUAUUCCCGCACACCGGAACGCGGACUGAGAUGAACGUUCGGGGUCACCGUGUUUACCCUCUCGUAACUGGCACAUUCGGUAUGGUUGAUUUCUUCCAUUCCAUGCUUGGAGAAGCGACCGAUCAUUUCACCCAGUCGGAGGUUAAUGAAAUGGAUAUUGCGCUGGGAGAUGCACAGACAAAUACAUCUUCCGGCUCUGCUGGCGCGUUGACAGCACUGCUCGGCAAGGUUCCUGGCACGAAGGAUCUUGUUAACGAAGCUGAGGAGCUCAGGCGUCGCUCAGACGAGCAAGAAUCAUUAAACAAGCGUGGCGGUCAUCGUUCAGGCUAUUCAACCCGCGGAUCUGCUCGGUCCUUUGACGACUUCGACUCAGGCAGCAGCCGAGGCUUUGGAGGUGAACAAAGCAGGGCUGCCAGAGCUGAUGACUCCAAUCAGAGUUCCUCGGGUGGCUUGCCCGGGCUGCCUGAUUUUGAUGCAAAAAAGACCAUUGAUCAAAUAUACCCUAUUCUGCAAUUCAGAGAUAAUGUCGUGCGGAAGCUCUCAUCCAUCAUCGAGAACAUCCCUGGUCUGGAAACCCUGGUCGAGACGAUCACUGAAACCUUGACCGUUUUUGUCAUGUCUCUCUUGGCGCCCUUCGUUCGUCCUAUCAUCAACGCCGCCUCCAAGCAGCUCCAGACUGGCUCCUCUAGUGUCAUUAAUGCGUCUGGUGAACACCAGUAUGAACCGUGGACCGACCCUCACUGCACCGACCCUACCCACUCCUUGCUGUCCAAGGAUCACUUCUCCAAUAUCCUCAAUGAGCCAGCUGGUCAAGUCGCUUCUGCCAUUCUUAAAUAUGUCGCGCCUCGUGUCCUGUACGCUUGGGAGAACACCAACAUCUCCGAGCGACAGGUUUCGGACGAUUGCCUCAAAGUAUUCCAUCAUCCCGCUCUGAGGGAUAUGCGCAAUGAAGCACAUCGGACUAUGUACGAAGCGGUCGAAUCUUGGGUGCAGUCUAGGUCGGAUCGCGGCUCCAAGCUUAACGAUAUUCUCAGUGCCGAGGGUGUGAAGGCAGGAAAGAAUCAAACAGGAGAGGGCGGCCACUCCCAUGGGCACGGCCAUAGUCACAGUCAUGCACCUCAGCAGUCCCAUAAUCAGUCAGGACAGUCACAGUACCGUCCACCCCAACAGCAACAACAACAAAGCUCGGUUAACCCCCUCGACGAACUUUCCAGCCUUCCCAUUCCAGGUAUCUCCAAGCUUAGCAGCGCUUUCUCUAGCUUUGGGCUAGGUGGUUCCUCGAGGAGUGACGAGACUUCGCAGCAGACUACACCCCCACCUGAGCCUCAGCAUCAUCAUCAACAACAACAACAGCAACAGCAUCAUCAGUCUUACCAUGAGCUAUCCCAUCAACGCCAAGACUAUGAAUCUCGCCACCAAGGCUACCAGUCGCAUCACUCCGGGGGCGAUCACAGCAGCUACCAGAGUCGCCAUCACACUCAUGAAGGUGGAAAAAGUGCGGACUACUACAACGAAUCAUCGUCCAGUCAUAGAUAUGGUGAUUACUCCGAAUCUCAAGGACACAACCAACGUCGCCACGACAGCAGUCAUCAGAAUCAAGGCUAUGAUCAAGGUUACGAUUCUGGAUAUAACCAAAGUUCCAGGCAAGAUUCCCGGCAAGGCCACGGACAAGGUUACGGACAAGGCUAUGACUCUGAAUAUAACCAAGGUUCCAGGCAUGAUUCUAGGCAAAGCCACGGGCAAGGUUAUGGCGGUGGAUAUGGCUCAGGUGGCUCUCGUUGGUGA